UCCGAACGAUUUGAUGUUCGCCCAAAUUACAAUUCCUUCCUCACGUGUAAUUGGCAGACAUUUGCUGCGUCCAAUUUUCGCAACGUCAGCAGAAGCUACUGCAACCAGUUAUAGACAAAUUCAAAUAGAGCAUUUACGGGAAAAAAACUCAACAAUGCCGCUAUAUCAUACAGUUGCAAAGGGAGCAAAGAACUCUCCAAACUACAGCCUUUAUUUUAAAAAUAACUGCGGCAAUGUCAUCUCGCCAAUGCACGACAUUCCAUUGUAUGCCAAUGAGGAGAAGACCGUCUACAACAUGGUUGUUGAGGUGCCACGUUGGACAAACGCCAAAAUGGAGAUUAGUCUGAAGACGCCCAUGAAUCCCAUUAAGCAGGACAUCAAGAAGGGUAAACUGCGUUUUGUGGCCAAUUGUUUCCCCCACAAGGGUUACAUUUGGAACUACGGUGCCUUGCCCCAGACUUGGGAGAAUCCCGACCAUAUUGAGCCAUCGACAGGAUGCAAGGGCGAUAAUGAUCCCAUUGAUGUGAUCGAAAUCGGUUAUCGCGUUGCCAAUCGUGGCGAUGUGAUGCAGGUUAAGGUUCUCGGCUCCAUUGCGCUCAUCGAUGAGGGCGAAACUGAUUGGAAAAUCAUUGCUAUCGAUGUUAAUGAUCCCUUGGCGUCAAAGGUCAACGAUAUCGCCGAUGUCGAUCAAUAUUUCCCUGGCUUGUUGCGCGCCACCGUCGAGUGGUUCAAGAUCUACAAAAUUCCCGAUGGCAAGCCGGAGAAUCAGUUUGCGUUUAAUGGCGAUGCUAAGAAUGCGGAUUUCGCCACUUCCAUCAUUGCCGAGACUCACAAAUUCUGGCAAACUUUGAUCAAUCAGCCCAAUGGAGGCAAUUCGGGAAUCGCUUGCCAAAACAUUAGCAACAGCAACUCGGACAAUGUGAUUGGCAAAGGAGAAGCUGCCAAGUUGAUGGAUGAUGCUCCAGAUGGCGGCGAUGUCGAGGAAGUGGCCGACACAGUCGAUACUUGGCAUUUUAUACAUCUCAAGUGAAUGAACCGCAAAUUGAUUUGAAUAAUUAAUUGUAUUGUAUUGUAUCAAUAAUUAUUGUAGCUGAUUGAAUAUGAAUUGUUGAUAUUGAUAUUGGAAAACUCACUAAACUGAAUAAAUAAAGAUUUUGCACCCAAAAAAUACUACAA